UUUUUUUUUUUUUUUUUUUUUUUUUUUUUUUAUAAUCAGCCAUUCUUCCCUUGGCUAUGGCGGUCGUUGAGUUUGAAGGCUGAGUUACUGAUUGGAGAUUUCCGAAGACUUGAUUGAUUUCUUGAAAGUUCCUCUCAAGGUUGCGAGGAGAGAGUUGGUUGGGCUCGACUAGAAUUUUUCAUGGCGCAUCGGUUACUGAGGGAUCUGGAAGCUGAUGGCUGGGAGCGCUCUGAUUUUCCCAUCAUCUGCGAGUCUUGCCUCGGCGAUAACCCCUACGUUCGCAUGACGAAAGCUGAUUAUGAUAAAGAAUGCAAAAUAUGCACGCGCCCAUUUACAGUUUUCAGGUGGAGGCCUGGACGUGAUGCUAGAUAUAAGAAAACAGAGAUUUGCCAGACAUGUAGUAAGUUAAAAAAUGUAUGUCAAGUUUGCCUUUUGGACCUUGAAUAUGGCUUACCGGUUCAGGUUCGGGAUAUCGCCCUAUCUAUCAACUCCAAUGAUUCUAUUCCGAAGAGCGAUGUGAAUAGGGAAUAUUUUGCUGAGGAGCAUGAUCGGAAGGCUAGAGCUGGUAUUGAUUAUGAGUCUUCAUAUGGAAAGGCACGGCCAAACGAUACUAUUCUGAAGCUUCAACGAACUACGCCGUAUUACAAGAGGAACCGUGCACAUGUUUGUAGUUUUUAUAUUAGGGGUGAAUGCACCAGAGGUUCUGAAUGCCCUUACAGACAUGAGAUGCCUGAAACUGGAGAGUUGUCCCAGCAAAAUAUAAAGGAUCGUUAUUACGGGGUUAAUGAUCCAGUUGCACUGAAGCUUCUUAACAAGGCUGGAGAGAUGCCCUCUCUGGAGCCUCCAGAGGAUGAGAGUAUUAGAACCUUGUAUGUGGGCGGACUUGAUGCUCGAGUCACCGAGCAAGAUCUUCGAGAUAACUUUUACGCUCAUGGUGAAAUUGAAUCCAUCAGAAUGGUGCUACAGAGAGCAUGCGCUUUUGUAACUUACACCACCAGAGAAGGUGCAGAGAAGGCUGCAGAAGAGCUUUCCAACAAGCUGGUAAUCAAGGGCCUUAGGUUGAAAUUGAUGUGGGGUAGACCUCAAGCACCAAAACCCGAGUCGGAAGGUUCCGAUGAAGCGAAGCAAGCUGCGGUGGCUCACAGUGGAAUGUUGCCUCGAGCAGUUAUCUCGCAGCAGCAUAACCACUUACACCCUUCAGGCAGUCAUGAUCAACCCCAAGCUAUGCACUACUACAAUAUCCCACCACCACCACCGCAGCAGGAGAGGGCAUUCUACCCUUCAAUGGACCCUCAAAGGAUGGGGGCUCUGGUUUCAACCCACGAAGCGGGGGGGCCUCCUAACGGACCUGCAGGUUCAACCGAAACUCGACCUGGUUCCGAGAAACAGCAUCAACAAGGACAUCAAUUUCCCUAUCACACAAUGCACCCACCACCUCCUACACAAUAUCAACAGCAAUUUUAUCCGCCGUAUGGGUACGUGCAACAUUAUCCCCCAUACCCUCCUUAUCAUUCGAGCAUGCCGCCCCAGCCCCAACCGUAUCCUCCUUCAGGUACCCAGCAAUAUCAGCAGCAUUCUGUACCACCAGGCUCAGCCCCUCCAUCCCAUGGAGGAGCAUCCUCAGGUUCAGCACCACAGGGAUCAACACCAUCAGCGUCUGCCCCAUCUGCAACACCUUCCGAACCUGCAUCAUCGUAGAUCAACUCUCGAGGUGCCGAGGCUGGCUGUUGUCGAUUCAGAAACUGAAUAUAGUCACUUGGACGAGGAGGUGCAGGACCUCUCUGAGUCGGGAAGGCGUUAGCCAGCCCCUGUUGUUGUCUUUGCCUUUGUUGUCAUGACUUUAUUAUCUAAUAUGACACUCUUUUUACGCGACACAGGGUGAGCUGUUUGGAUUUGUUGCUUCCAUUUCCCAAUCUUUUUUGAGGGGAAGUUUGGUUCUUGUGUUAGUUUGAUCUAAAA